UCACUUCUCAAACUUUGAGUCACGUUAUAAACGAACGAUAGUCUCUUCUUAGAAUCACAAGCAACGGAAAUCUUUAAAACAGUCACAUAUACGCGGAGAUAUGUCACUACGGAGGUAGAGCGUUAAAGACGGGAUAUAACUCUUUCAAUUUCUGGCGUUAACGGUGAAGUGAUCAUGGGUUUUAUCCGAGUAAAAUUGAUAGAAGUCGAGCCGGCGUCGACUUGGGUGAAAGACCCACAGUCCUUUGAUUGUUACUGCGCUGUGCACAUAAAAGAAGCAGUGAUGUCUGCAUCGCAGGGAAUUUCACUAGUGCAGAAGAAAAAGACAAUUUAUCCAGAAUGGAACAAGUGCUUUGAUACUCAUUUAUACGAAGGCCGAGUAAUAACCAUUGUAGUUCUACAGAAACCUACUGGAAAGGUUGUAGCCGAUGUCUCAAUUGGAGUUCAGUUCUUGGUUGAUCAAUGCAAGCGUGAUGCACAUGGUUUUUCUAGUGUUUGGCUGGAUCUUCAACCCAAUGGCAGACUACUGGUUCAAGUGCGGCAUUUUAUUGAAGUUUUAGAUGACCCUACCAAAGAAGGUAAACCCCAUGAAAACCACAGUGGGCUCACUGGAAGGCGUGGUGCCAUGAGAAAACAGAAAUGUCACAUUUUUAAUGGUCACAAUUAUGUUGCCAGAUUCUUUCGGCAGCCUGUGUUUUGUUCUGUUUGUACAGAAUUUAUGUGGGGAUUUGGAAAGCAAGGAUAUCAAUGCACUGUUUGUACAAAGGUGUGUCAUAAAAAGUGUCAUGACAGAAUUGUCAGUCACUGCCCUGGAACACAAAAUGUAGCUGAGGAAACCAAGAAAAUGAAGGAGAGAUUCAAAGUUGACAUUCCACAUAAAUUGGGGCUAACAACAUAUUUAAGACCAACUUUUUGUGACCAUUGUGGAUCAAUGUUGUAUGGAUUAUACAAACAAGGCCUGAAGUGCAGAGAAUGUGGCUUGAACUACCACAAGAAGUGCGAGAGAUUCAUUCCAAACACUUGCGGUAUCAACCAAAUGAUGCUCGCGGAGGCAAUAGCCAUCACGAAGAAAGAGAGGAUACGCAAGAUUAGCCAAGAGCAAAGGCAAGCUCUAGGGGGCAAACCUUCUCCCACAGCUCGUGGUAACAAUGAUGAUGAUGAUGACGAUGAUGAUGACGACGACCAUGGUGUGUAUGAAACUCUGUGGGACGCGAUUUCUCCACCUGUGCCUCAGAGGACAGUCAGUAUCAAAGGAAAAGAUGUCAGAAGGAUUGAACAACCUCUCUACCACAUCGAAGAUUUUAAUCUGCUUAAAGUUCUGGGAAAAGGGAGCUUUGGCAAGGUGCUACUCUGUGAGCUGAAAGAAACGAAACAAGCAUUUGCAAUUAAAGCACUGAAAAAAGAUGUGGUUUUAGAAGAUGAUGAUGUUGAAUGCACCAUGGUGGAAAGAAGAAUUCUGGCACUGGCGACGAGGCAUCCUUUUUUGACUCAUCUUCAUUCUGCGUUUCAGUCUCAGGAUCACUUAUUUUUCGUCAUGGAGUACCUCGGAGGCGGUGACUUGAUGUUCCACAUACAAACUGUCGGCAAGUUUGAUGAGACAAGAUCCAGGUUCUAUGCUGCUGAAAUUGUGUGUGGCUUGGAAUUCUUACAUGGUCGAGGAAUCGUUUACAGAGAUCUAAAACUCGACAAUGUUCUGCUGGAUGCAGAUGGUCACAUCAAAUUAGCAGACUUCGGUAUGUGCAAGGAAGGAAUUUCCGAAUCAAAGAAGGCGACAACAUUCUGUGGAACGCCAGACUACAUUGCACCCGAGAUACUGAAGGGAUGGCGUUACGACUCGGCAGCUGAUUGGUGGUCAUUCGGUGUUCUUUUAUACGAGAUGCUGAUUGGUCAGUCUCCGUUCGCUGGUGAAGACGAGGAAGAUUUGUUUGACUCCAUCUGCCGUGAUAAGGUUCAUUAUCCAAAGUGGAUCUCACAACCUGCAGAAGAUUGCUUGA